CCUCGUCGUUUCGACGAGGUUCGCGAAGUCUCUUGGUGAUAUCUUCGUCAAAGAUUUCUCAGGUAUAAAAAUGUCGUGACUCUCCUGCUCCUCGACGAUCCCAUUUCGUCUUCAUCCUCAACAACAGCGAAAACACCAAAGAGCAAAAAGUUCACAAAAACAUCUUAUGCAACGAACGCACCCAAUUUACAAACGAGUCCCUCGAACGCUUCGCACUUGCCCACGCCACAAAACAACUGUCAAGACCACAACGCGACCACUCACAACCACCACAAACAAAAUGUCUUUCUUCCCACGCUCCUACUUUGCUCCCGAGGCCUCCUUCACGCCUCUGUUCCGCCUCCUUGACGACUUUGACAACUACUCCCGCGAGGUCUCCGCCCAGGGCAACACCAAGGCUGGCUCGCGCCGCGCCCUUCCGACCUUCUCCCCGCGUUUCGAUGUCAAGGAAACCGAGGCGGGCUACGAGCUUCACGGUGAACUCCCUGGCGUCGACAAGGAGAACGUUUCCAUUGAGUUCUCGGAGCCUCAGACGCUAGUCAUCUCUGGCCGCAGCGAGCGCACCUACACCUCUGGCACGCCGCCAGCCGGGCUCGUCGAGAGCGGUGGCAGCGAUGCUAUGAGCGGCGCCAUCACCGAGGGCAGCGACAAGGACACUGCCAGCGUCUCCCACAAGGCCACAGUGGAAGACGAGGCGGCCGAGACAGCCAAGGAACAGCAAGGCACCCAGAUCACCAAGGCUGAGCCGCAGCAACAGAAGCCCAAGGAAAAAUUCUGGGUGUCGGAAAGGUCCGUCGGCGAGUUCUCCAGGACGUUCAGCUUCCCCACCCCGGUGGACCAGGAGGCCGUUGCCGCGAACCUCAACAAUGGCAUCUUGAGCGUCGUGGUUCCCAAGGCCAAGAAGCACGAGAGCCGGCGCAUCGCUGUCAACUAAACCUCAAUUGCAGCCAUCACGGCCGAUUUUUUUGAGAGAAACAUCGAAAUAAAAUGUUGGAAAAUUGGAUUAGUAUGACUUUCACGACAGGCUUCGCAUCAAGUUCUGCUAUUUUUCCCUUUCUUUCCUUCUCUUGUGCUUUUUGUCUCUCUUUGGAACAUGGCAUCGCAUGGUGUUUGUGGUAGCAUUGGGAUCAUGAGCUUGGCCAGACUGCUGCGGAACGAUUGUGUCUAAUCUCAGCUUAAAACACAAAUAUAAUUUCAAAAGUCUU